AGAGAAAGUGAAAAGAAAUGAUGAUGAGAGUGAGAAGAAUGUAAACAAAUAAUGAAAUUGAUUAUGCGCGGGAAUGAUAAAUAAAAACAUUGAUGAGAAAAUUAUGUUAGCAGCUUUCCAGCAAGUAUUGGCACCAUUUUGUUAUUAUUGUGAAGACGAAAGGUAGUGACUGCAAGUUAGAAAGUUUUAAUUGAAAUUUUAAAGUGAUAACGGGCAUUGCAACUACUCAGAUAAUUUGACCGAUAGUCUGAAAUUGAUCUGUGAGCGCUAUUGCGAGUUUGAAUGCCGUUGAAUCACUGGAAACAAAAUAGUUGAUUGCUACCGAGACUACCAUUUAGUGACCCGAGUGCCCGACUGUUGACAGAAGUCAUUCAUCUCAAAGCUACCGACCGGUCUGAAAGAGAGGAAGAAAGCCAUCAGGAAAAUAAUCUAGCGUGAAGGAGAAACUUUUAAUGUAAGAAAGCAAAAUGUAGUAUGUACUGUUCAAUCUAAUUGUUGUAUUUAUUGUAGCUUUGAGUAAAUUUUAUAUUGAAACUACAAGGAUUCGUUUUUGCCUGAGCCUGAGAAUUCCGAGCGCAACAUUCUCAAAGAUUAAAAACGUAAAUAUUUCCUACGAUGGCGGAGAACUACAAAUACAGCUGCUGUGAGGAGAAUUCUGAUUUUGAUGCAAGCGUGCGGUGCAAUCGAUGUGGAGAAUGGUAUCAUUUUUCUUGUGUGAAUGUGCAAGAUAGUGUGUCAGAAACUAUUUGGUUUUGCGUUAAAUGUAUACGGGAUGAGCCUUCGAUUUUAGAAUCGUUUGCAUCCGCGGGGAAAACAAAAACUCGACGAGGUCCGCCGCGUGCAUGCAAAGAGAAAAACAGAAUGAGUAAAUCAAAAGUUCCUCCAAAGGAGUUGCAAGUAGGUCAGGUGCAAGUAGCUCCAGAUGGUCAGGUUAGGCAAGAAAGUCAGUCAAAUGCUAAAAUUGGAACCACAAAUAAAGAAACAGGUGCGAUUAGGAAGUCACUGUCACCUUUCCCAAACUCUAAUGUGCCCGUAAAUCUAUCGCGCUGUGAUGAUAAAAAAAGUGUUUGCAGUACAAGAAGUGGAGAAAGCAGAUCGUCGAAAGCUUCAGUACGUGAAAAGGCAAAACGUGAACUACAGCGGUUACAGGAAGAAAGUAUGCAACGGAUGCGAGAAGAAGACAUCGAGCGAAAGUUGUUGGAGCAUGAACUGAAAAGGGUCAGGCUGGAAAAGGAGUUCAUGGAACGUAGGCACGCACAAGAAAGACUGGCGGAAGAGGAAACGGAUCCUGAAAGCGAAUGUGAAGAUGAUGAGCAGUACAACUAUCAAAAAAAGGUUGAAGACUGGCAGAAAGAUUCUGAAGCAGGACCAAAUGAAGCAAAUCAACGAAAACAGUCAACGCUCAAAGGAGAAAGCCAGCAGAAGGCCCAACCUGAGCCCGAAAUCGCUUCUGGUAGGAAUGAAACGCCUGAAAUAAGCAGUGUAGCUUCGCAUUCCGUAAGAGAAACGAUCGAAAAUACUACAAAACCCAGAGCCGGUCCAACUCAACUGCAGAUAGCGGCAAGACAAGUUUUUUCAAAAACUUUGCCAAAGUUUUCUGGACGACCCGAAGAAUGGCCCAUGUUUAUCAGUGAAUACGAACAAGCGAAUAUAGCAUGUGGUUUCAGCGAUUCUGAGAAUCUGAUGCGUUUACGCGAGGCGUUGACUGGAAAGGCGUUUGAAGCGGUACGAAAUCUUCUGCUUGUUCCAGAAAACGUUCAAAGUAUAAUUCAAAAACUACGCAGACGAUUUGGAAACCCCGAGAUUCUUUCGACGAUGUUGGCAAAUCGUAUACAGUUGCUUGCGGGACCCAGCUCGGAGGAUUUGGAGUCGGUGAUUGAGUUUGGAAGUGCUGUAGAAGAGUUCACUCAACAUCUGAAGGUGACUAACUUAACAGAUCAUCUUAGAAACCCCAUUUUAAUGAAACGGCUGAUACAGAAACUACCAGCAAGUUACGCCAUGCAGUGGGUAGAAUACAAACGCAAACGGAUAGUGGUUGAUUUGGAAGUGUUUGGCGAUUUUAUGGAGGAACUUGUCGACAAGGCCCUGGAAGCAACCUAUGAGCGUUGUGGAGACGAAGACACAGCAAGAGGAAAACGUCGCGAGAAAACUUUAGUGAAGGGUUUUGUUAACGUGACAGAUACUGAAGAGCAUCAAUGUUGUACCUGUAGCCAACAAGAGCCCGUAAUUGUACCUCAGCCUGGAACUGUUGGGAGUCGAAGCUUUGCUCCGUCUAGGAGUUGUUCAGUUUGUGGAUCUACCGGGCAUUUGGGCCGCAAUUGCGACGAAUUUAGAGCCAUGAACUUGCAGGAUCGGUGGAACACGGUUCAGCGUUUGGGAUUGUGUUCGUUGUGUCUGUACAAUCAUAAUGGGAAAUAUUGCCUGGCUAAACGGAGAUGCGGUAUAAAUCAGUGUGAACAGAGACAUCAUCCACUUCUUCAUUGGGACACGAGAACCACCGCACCUCAUCUGAUUGCAAGUUGUAACGGUCAUCGACAGUCAGUAAUAUUUCGGAUGAUUCCUGUUAAAAUUUACAGCAACGACAAACAAUUGGAAGCACUAGCCCUUAUCGAUGAAAGAUCAUCAGUUUCACUUAUCCUGGAUGAACUAGCAAAAGAAUUAGGUGCUAUAGGAGACAUCGAGCCGCUAAGAAUGAGUUGGACAAACGGUAUGAGCACAGUGGAAAACCUGUCAGCUAAAAUCAACCUUCAAAUCUCAGCUUUGAAUGAUGUAAGACGGUUUAAUCUGAUGGAUGUUAGAACGGUGCGAAAAUUAGAUUUACCAACGCAAAGUUUGGACAGCAAUUCGAUACGGGAAAGGUUUGCACACCUGCGAGACAUCGCUAUUCCAAGUUAUGAGUCAACGAAGGCGAAGUUGUUAAUUGGAAUCAACAAUAUACACCUUAUCGCACCCCUUCAAUCCCGAGUAGGAGAAUUGGGCGAACCGGUAGCAAUACAGUGUCAACUUGGGUGGAGUUUGUAUGGACCAAGACCAGAUAUAGUCGCCAAUGUUCAUUUCUUGGGACAUCAUCGUUCUUGCUCUGAGUGUAAUAGAAUUGACCGAGAGAUGAAUGAAAAUUUGAAAGAGUAUUUUAGUAUUGAAGCAGUCGGAAUAUCACCAGUGCCACUAGAAACGAACGAAGAUCGUCGAGCACGUGAAAUUUUGGACCGUACAACGAAGCGUGUAGGUGAUCGAUACGAAUCUGGACUUCUGUGGAAAACAGAUGAUAUUUUGUUCCCGGAGAGCUAUCAGAUGUCACUAAAACGCGCCAACAGCUUAGAGCGUCGAAUGAAUAAGCACCCUGGAGUUCGUGAAGCUAUAGUGAAACAGUUACAGGAGUACUUGGAAAAGGGAUACGCUCAUAAAAUCACGGAUGAAGAACUCCAGAGCACGCCACCUGAAAAAACAUGGUAUUUGCCAUUGAAUUUUGUCAUCAAUCCGAAGAAAGAAGGAAAAAUUCGGCUUGUGUGGGACGCAGCAGCGAAGGUCAAGGGUGUCUGCUUGAACGAUUUCCUCCUAAAAGGACCCGAUAUGGUAUCGUGUUUGCCGUUGGUAAUAAGUGGUUUCAGAGAAAGACAGGUUGCAUUCGGAGGUGAUAUUCGUGAGAUGUUUCACCAGGUGCGAGUAAGACCGGAAGACCGACAAGCUCAAAGAUUCUUGUUUCGGAUAGAUGCCAAUAAGGAUCCCCAAAUAUUUGUGAUGGAUGUUGUAAUAUUUGGCGCGAGCUGUUCCCCUUGCACAUCGCAGUUUGUAAAAAAUAUUAAUGCACGAGAGCAUGCUGUGCGGUAUCCGAAAGCAGCGAAAGCUAUCAUCGAGAAACAUUUUGUCGAUGACUAUUUUGAUAGUGUUGAUACAGAAUCGGAAGCAAUACAACUGGCGAAGGAAGUCGAAAAGGUGCACGCUGCAGGCGGGUUUGAAAUCAGAAACUGGAUGAGCAAUUCUCCAGCAGUCUUGAAGGCGCUUUGCUCUGUGUCUGAAGAAUCAAACAGAUCUGUUGAAGUGAAUAAGACUGGUGAAGUAGAACGUGUGCUGGGCGUAAGUUGGAACGCUGUGAAAGAUGUUUUUGUUUUCUCGACGGAUAUGCGAGCAGAUCUCCAUCCAUAUAUAAUGGAAGGCGCUUGGCCGACGAAACGGAUUGCUUUGAGGUGCAUUAUGAGCAUGUUCGAUCCCCAGCAAUUUCUGGCGCCAUUAUUAAUUCACGGUCGGAUAAUAAUGCAAGAUGUUUGGCGAAGCGGUAUUGAAUGGGAUCAGCGGUUGCAGGAGGAGCAAUAUAAUCAAUGGUUGCGUUGGACAAAGUUGUUCCCGUUAAUAGAAAACAUUCAAGUACCUCGUUGUUAUCUAGGCAAUUUGGACUCAACAGCAUAUACAAGUGUUCAAUUACACGUGUUUGCAGAUGCGGGUGAAGACGCGUACGGCUCGGUUGCGUAUUUCAGAUUUGUGGCAAAUGGAAUGAUUCACUGCGCGUUUGUCGAAGCCAAAGCAAAGGUUGCUCCACUGCAGCAUAUGUCAAUCCCUAGGAAGGAAUUACAAGCAGCGGCGCUAGGUGCACGUCUUGCAAAAAGCAUUCGCCAAAAUCAUUCAUUUUCGGUAGCAGAAACAGUAAUGUGGACUGACUCGAAGGCAGUGUAUUCAUGGGUACGAUCUGAGCAUAAGAAAUACAAAGAGUUUGUUGCUCAUCGUGUUGGUCAGAUAUUGAGUGUAACUAAUCCAGAAGACUGGCGGUGGGUAUCGACAAGAAACAACGCAGCAGACGAUCUUACCAAGUGGGGAAAGGGAACAGAGAUGAGUUCCGAAAGCAGAUGGUUCAAGGGUCCUGAGUUUUUGUACCAAUCGGAAGAUAAAUGGCCGGAACAAGAUCAAACACCCGUUGUUAUUGAGGAAGAAGUACGAGCUCAUAUUUUGUAUCACACUACAGCGUUUCGUGAAAGUUUGGGUCGAGUGAAUCAUAUAUCAAGGUGGACUGUUUUAGUACGUGUGGUAGCCACAAUGUAUCGUUUCGCCACAAAUUGCAGGCUUCGCUUAAAAAAGAAAGCAAUAGAAGCACUUCCACCAAUUGCAAUUGUCGCACAAAAAGCACCGCGAAUUCCAGGUGUCAUUAUCCCACUACGACAAGAGGAGUACCUAAAAGCGGAGAACUGUUUGUGGAGGGAAGCGCAACGAGACGAGUAUGCAGAUGAAGUUGCAAUACUUUUGAGAAAUCUGUCUUUACCGAAGGAACAACAACAGCAUUUGGAACGAUCUAGUAAGCUAUACAAUAAAUCGCCAUUUCUAGAUGACAGCGAAGUUCUACGAGUAGGAGGCAGAACGGAAUUGGCUGAAUUCGCUUGUUACGAUACCAAGUAUCCAAUCAUACUUCCCAAAACGCACCUUAUAACAGAAAAAAUAGUUGAAUACUAUCACCAACAGGCAAAUCAUAGUAGCAGAGAAACUGUUGUCAACGAACUUCGUCAACGAUUCUAUAUUGGGAGACGAAUGGCCUUGGGCGUAGACCCUUUCUCUUACGUGGGUAUAGACUACUUUGGACCAUUGGAAGUUUCGAUUGGAAGACGUCGUGAGAAACGCUGGGUAGCUUUGUUUACGUGCAUGACGACAAGAGCUGUCCACCUGGAAGUUGCACAUAGUUUGAGCACCGAAUCUUGUAAGAUGGCUAUCCGGAGGUUUAUUAGGAGAAGAAGAAGUCCCAUAGAAAUUUUUUCAGACAACGGGACGAAUUUUGUUGGAGCAAGUAGGGAGUUGGCAGCCGAGAUUCGGAGAAUUAACGGAGAUUGCGCUGAUACAUUUACGAACUCUAAAACGAAAUGGACAUUUAACCCGCCAGCAGCACCACAUAUGGGUGGAGUAUGGGAGCGCAUGGUUCGAUCUGUUAAGGAGGCACUGAACAUUUUGGUAGAUGGCGGCAAAUUAACAGACGAAAUAUUAAACACAGCGUUAGUUGAGGCAGAGGAUUUGAUAAACUCCAGACCCCUUACGUAUGUGUCAAAUAACGUCAGGGAUGAUCCGGAAGCUCUCACUCCAAACCACUUUCUGAAAGGAUCUGCUGCAGAAUGUCUACCACCCCGGAGCGCAUCCCAGCAAGCGGAUGCCUUACGCAGUAAAUAUUGUCGUGCACAGCAGUUGGCUGAUAAGUUUUGGUCAAGAUGGCAGAAAGAAUACUUCCCGAGCUUGAACAAGCGAACCAAAUGGUUUGAUGAUACCAGACAAAUAUCUGUAGGAGAUUUGGUGUUUGUUCAAGAGGAGAACAGACAUGAAAGAGGAAUCGUUGAGGAGGUCAACAUCGGCAUCGAUGGAAGAGUUCGUUCUGUAAUCGUAAAAGUAAAUGGCAAAAGGAAGUUAAGACCAGUGUCAAAACUGGCCGUACUUGAGGUUGAGAAUAGUAACCCCAGCAGUAAUUAA